AUGGGAAUAAAAGAAAUUUUCAACUUGGCGCGGGUUCCUUCCAUCCUCAUGCUCGGCGUGGUUUAUGUUAUCUAUGUGCUGAUUGGGGGGGUGGUUUUUUGGAAGUUGGAAGGAGAACUCGGAGAGAAAGACAUCAGUGCGUUAUUGAUGAACAAAAAAAAGCUGCUGACCACGUACCCCUGUCUGAACCAACAAGGCUUGGAGACUGUGGCUCAGGUUGUUCAAGAUGCAUCAAAGGUGGGCCUCAGUUUGAAAGGAAACUACACCACAGAUGGCUUCUGGAAGUUCACCAGCUCAGCCGUGUUCGCUGCAACUGUGGUCACAACUAUAGGUUACGGGAACAUGAGUCCCAGUUCUACAGCUGGCCAGAUCUUCUGUGUGUUCUUCGCUCUAUUUGGAAUCCCACUCAACAUGGUGGUGCUCAACAGAGUGGGCAAGUACAUGCUAGCCAUAGAGAGGAAUAUCUCUGUCUUUCUUGAGGAGAAGACUGGACGAAGGAGGUGUAUGCGCUUCUUUGUCCAUCUGGUCUCUUACCUCUGUGGAUCAGUCCUCUUCUUCGUUGUACCCAUGAUUGUGUUCCAACAGCAUGAGGGCUGGACCCACGCCCAGGCCAUCUACUACUGCUUCAUCACCCUCAGCACCAUCGGCUUUGGAGACUUCGUUGCAGACAACAAUCCAGACAAGAAAUACCCUGAUUGGUACAGCGUCCUCAUGGCCAUGUGGAUCUUCUUUGGUCUGGCCUGGCUGGCCCUGGUCAUCAACCACUCUAUUGACAUCCUGGAGAGACUCAAUGCCCACUUCAAGGAGCGUCGCCAGAAGCAGGGGGACAACUCUGGCAGUCCGGAGGGAAGCAACCCUGACACACAGAUGGAGGAGGAAGAUGAGAUAAAGAAGCCUCCACUGCCUCAGUAACCUUCAAAGCGAGGAGAAGAUUUUACCGAGUCAUUGUAGGAAUGGAUUAUCUGUGUAGA